CAUAUAAGUGGAGUCAUACAGUAUUUUACUUGUUUUAGUGGACUGGCUUGUUUCACUCGGAAAAAUGUCCUCAAGGUUUGUCCGUGUUAUAGCAUGUGUCAGAAUUUCCUUCUUUUUAUGGCUGAAUAAUAUUCUGUUGUAUGUAUGUAUCACAUUUUGUUUACCCAUCUAUCCACUGAUGGACACUUGGGUUGCUUCCGCCAUUUGGAUGUUGUGAAUAAUACUGUGAACAUGGGUGUACAUAUGUCUGCUCAAGUCUCUGCUUUCACUUCUUUCAGGUAUAUAGAAUUGCUGGAUCAUAUGGUAACUGUGUUUUAAAUUUUUUGACAUGCCUCCAUACUGUUUCCCACAGCGGCUGCACCAUUUUACAUUCCCAUGAACAGGGCACAAGGGUUCCAAUUUCUUGACAUCCUCACCAACACGUUUUCUGUUUUUUGGAUAGUAACCGUCCUCAUGGGUGUGAGGUGGUUUUGAUUUGCAUUUCACUAAUGAUCAGUGAUGCUGAGUUGUGAUUCUGCUUUCUCAUCAUCUAUCGUCUGUCUUUUUGCCUGAGCUGUGUCCCAUCUGUUGUCAUUGCUGUCCCAUGCUCCACGGUAUGAGUAGACCAUGGCAAUCGUGCUCAUUCUGCCACUCAUGGGCAUUAGGUAGUUUCCCAUUUGGAGGGAUUGCAAGGGAGUGCCACUAAGAACAUUCUAGAGUGCGUCUUUCGGUGGACAUAGUGUUGGGUUUUUAAAUGCAAGCCACUUCCAUUUGGAGGUUAGUGUUGCAUAAAUAAACCAAUCAAUAAAAUGCAUAAUGCGUGCUCCCUGAGGGCCCUCCCUGAAGGUCCUCAGGCUUGAACAAGCUCCACAGGCCAGGCCCCUGCCCGCUAUGCCCUCCUGCCCCGUCCCAGCCGCCUGGUGCCUGCCCUCCCAGUUUCUAACCUGCUCCCUCACCGGGGAGCCACCCUUGGCCCUGACAGCACCCCCUGCCCUCUGUUGUCCCCAGCGCCCUCCCCCACCACCGAGCCGGCUAGCUGAGGGUGUGACCAGCUUCUCUCUGUGCCCAGGGGUCUUUGGGCAGCGCCUGGAGGACACAGUCCACCACGAGCGGAAGUAUGGCCCGCGCCUGGCACCCCUGCUGGUGGAGCAGUGUGUGGACUUCAUCCGGGAGCGCGGGCUCACCGAGGAGGGCCUCUUCCGCAUGCCUGGCCAGGCCAACCUGGUGAGGGACCUGCAGGAUUCCUUCGACUGUGGGGAGAAGCCGCUGUUUGACAGCACAACAGAUGUGCACACGGUGGCCUCCCUGCUGAAGCUCUACCUGCGGGAGCUCCCCGAGCCUGUGGUCCCCUUCGCCAGGUAUGAGGACUUCCUUAGCUGCGCCCAGCUGCUCACCAAGGACGAGGGGGAGGGAACUCUGGAGUUGGCUAAACAAGUGAGCAGCCUUCCCCUGGUCAAUUACAACCUGCUCAGAUAUAUCUGCAAGUUUCUGGAUGAAGUUCAGUCCCACUCAGAUGUCAACAAGAUGAGCGUCCAGAACCUGGCAACCGUUUUUGGACCUAAUAUACUUCGGCCACAGAUAGAAGACCCAGUGACCAUCAUGGAAGGCACUUCUCUGGUCCAGCACCUGAUGACCGUCCUGAUCCGCAGACACAGCCAGCUCUUCACUUCGAGGACCACGGAAGCGCCAGCCUCCCCACGUGGGAGCCCACCAUGCACCGUGGGAUGGGGCUCCGAGGAGGUCACCAGGGACAGCCAGGCAGAGCCCGGCAGCCCCAGUGCCCCUGGCCUGCCCUCGCACAGGGCCUCUUCUCUGGAUGGGGCUGCCGUGGCGGCAUUCUCUAGAACCUCUCCCACAGGCCUGGGUAGCCGAAGCAGCCCUGCUGCCACCCCUGGGAAGAAGGUGCAGACUCUGCCCAACUGGAGGUCUUCCUUCCGGCAGUCAGGGUCCCGGUCGGGGAGCCCGAAGGUGGGCACCUCAUCCCUGGAGGUGCCCAUCAUCUCCGGAGGGAACUGGCUCAUGAAUGGGCUGUCCUCCCUGCGAGGCCACCGCCGGGCCUCAUCGGGAGACCGGUUCAAGGACUCAGGCUCCGAGCAGAGACUCUCCACCUAUGACAACGUGCCCCUGCCCAGCCCCUUUCCCAGCACGCCCAGCGUGGCCAGCAUGCCAUGGUCUGGGGCCUCCUCCUGCGAGGCCUCAGCCAGGGGCUCGGUCAGCAGCUGCACAGCGUGCAGGGCCAGUGACUCUUCUGCCUGCAGCUCCCUCCACACUGAGGGGGCCCUGGAGCCCUCCCCUGUCCCCAGCAGCAGCGAGGAGUGCAGAUCCCCAGACCUGGACCACGGCCUGGACAGGGUGGGUGCCUGCAUCAGCAGCAGUGAGCCCAGUGACCCAGGCAGCCCCACCCAGGACCUCGCCCACCGUACUGAGGCUCUCCAGGGCCUGGUCACGGAGCUCCGGGCAGAGCUGUGCCGGCAGAGGACUGAGUAUGAGACAAGUGUGAAAAGACUCGAAGAAGGUAGUGCCGACCUGAGGAAACGAAUGUUACAGCUAGAAGAACAACUAGACCAGGAAAAGAAAAAGUACACAAUGCUGGAAAUAAAGCUGAGGAACUCGGAGCGGGCACGGGAGGACGCAGAGAAGAGGAACCAGCUGCUGCAGAAGGAAAUGGAGGAGUUUUUUUCAACCCUGGGAAGCCUGACUGCUGGGGCAAAAGGUGCCAGAGCACCAAAGUAAAGGAGUGGGGAGAGUUCUGUGCUGCUGCUCAGCUUGCCUCGGGAGGAACCAGAGCCUCUGCAGCUUGGCCCUGGGCCUCAGUGGUGCCAGGAGGUCUGGUGCCAGCUGGAGAGAGCAGUCCUGACACCCCCUGUCGGGAGCCCGAGCCCUGCUCUGGAGCUGGAUGCUGCUCUGACUGAGUAGGGUAUGGCAGGUGUCAGGGGGGACAGUCCCGUAGCUGCCAAAACAGGUGGCACCUGGGAUCUGAGUAGCUCACCAGGACCUUUUUGCAUUCUUUAUUAAAUCUGCCCUGAAAGCAUGA